AUGCGUUCGCCUUUGCAAAUUGUCGUUGUGGUCGUAGCAGGCGUACUUGUCCUGUCACUCCUUCUGCUCUAUUAUACAAAGACGGAUGAACAUCAAGAAAACUUUCUUUAUGACGGUGCUACUGAUGAGAAGCAAGGUCAGUAAGUGCAACAUUUGAUGAUAGCGUGCCGUAACAGCAACAAUUAGCAGUUAUUAAAUUCGGCUUUCGUAGAAUAUGAAGAAUUCUUCAGAUCGAGAAGGGUGUUUUCCACCUCGACCUUGCUCUGCAAAAUUCAUAUCCUACGAAAGCCGAAUUCAAUAACUGCUUUAUUAUUCAUUCAAAAUAAUUCCAAGUUUAAAAACAAGUUAAAACACUGCUUACCUCCGUCGAUCGAUGUUAAGUUCAUAUCGAUAGUGCUUCUUUAUCGGGAGGUUUAGGAGAUAGAGGGCUGUUCAGGUCUGCAAAUAUACUCCAAAUAGCAGAGGUCGUCCGUCGAGUUUUCUUCUUGCUGUUCUUGCCAUGUUUUUUAGACAAUAGUUCGCCGUGAAACGAGUAAAGAGUUCCGCCAUUACUCACUUCGAAAAGAACUCAAACUCGCCCCCAGGUCUUCUCGCUUAAGGGUUCAAUAAUGUGCAACUUUCCUGAACUUUUGACGUUAUCGGUUCAAUAUGGCAAAAUUCUUUCAAGUUUGGUCAACAGUAGUAGGUUAUGAUAAAUUAUGCGUGUGAUUUUGGUCAAUCACAAACGGAGAAAUAUUUUGAAUGAAUAAUAACAAGCUUUAUUUGCACGACCAUCCAAGUACACUGUACUAUUUAAAGAAUAUAAACUAAAAUUUCAUCACAGGACAAUUAAGCUACUUUUUAAUAAUUUGUCGCCAAAAGCAAAGCAAGUAGAAAUUUGCGUUGUGAGUCAGUGCGGGUUAAUUUAGUUAAAAUUUUGAACGUUCAAUAACAUCAUCGUCAUCAUUAUCGUCAGCGAGCUUAAGCAAAGACGUCUUGAGCGACGCAGGUCGACCGGAAGCGGACUUCUUGUUUCCUUAUUAGACAAUGCUUUGGCCAAAAUGUUAGGGAAAACUUCUCAAUCAGAGAAUAAGGCAUUUUCCAAGACAAAUUUGUCAACCUUUUCUUAACCUACCUAUUCACGUUCGCAAAGUAAAGGAUAUAGUAUUUUCAUUUUGCACUCUGACUUGCUAGCUAGCGGGAGGAGGGAAUUUUCUUUCAGUUUUCCUUCUCUGUUUGGGUCCCUAAUCCGUUUUCCAAUUAAUGAGAAAUGUUUCUUUCUAGCUCAGGGUAGUGCUUGUAAAUAUAGGUGUGCAUGUUAGGGUAGUUAGGCGAUAGUGGUAGCCGACCAGCACAGUGAUACCAGAUCCUUCUAAAGAAUCAUAUUUAUUUACCAAUUUCAUCAACUAGCUGAGUUUGUUAUCAUUAAAGCUACUCCAUACUCAACGAUCCUCCCAGUAUUUCCUUAGAAACAAAAAAAGAUCUGAUAUUUUUCUUGUUAUUCAGUGAACGGUUCUUUUCUAAGUUUUGAGAAAAGAAUCAGAAAAUUGUACGAUGGCAUUCAAACGUUUGUCCUCUUCAUUGGUUACGGCCGUAGCGGUCACAGCCUGGUUGCCGCCAUUCUAGAUGCUCAUUCAAAGAUUGUUAUAGCAAACGAAUUUGAUGUGUUACGCAAAUGGAAUUAUUACAAAAACAAUACAUGGAAUGGGAAGAAUAAAUUGUUCUUUGACCUUCACUCUAAUUCGCGAGAAAGUGCAAUGUUUGGCAAGAGAGCGCAAUUUCGUAGUGUUUCCCAGACAGGAUAUGCCUAUCACGUGGCUGGGCAGUGGCAAGGAACAUUCAAAGACAAUAUAAAGGUAUUGAAUUAACUUAAGUUUUGUUAACGGACAGUUUUCUCUUUGAGAAAACCCGGCACUUUGGGUUUUGUCUAAUAUUAAUAAUUAUAAAUAAUAUCAUAGGUGACGAAUUACUCCUUAAUUUUGGCGCGAAAUUUCAGCGUUAAUUUGUAAUUUCACAUGUGAAAUUACAAAAUUGCCAUGGCAACCCUUCUGUACGUCUUCGUGUCAAGAUGGCGACGAAGUUUUAAAAUGCCGUGAACGAAGAUGUCAGGGCACAAAAAGACGCUUUAGAAAACCUGAACACACAAGAGAACACCAAGAAGGAUUCUAACAGGUAUUUUGCCAAAAACGUCUGAAAAAUUGUGAACUUUAUAAGCCAAAUUUAAGGUCUAAACAUUUGAGAGAAUGGAGUUCUCGAUCGAUACGAUCCAGGAUAAACAUGUCAAAAAUCCAAGAUUGCUAACGUAAUUCGUCACCCAUGAUAUUAAUAGGUAAUCAAAUGGUAUACUCGUGAAAUUAGGGAAUAAUUUCACUUGCGCUUUGUCCAAAUCCUAAUACUCGUCACUAUUUGAUUACACAUACUAAUCCUUUGCUAGUGGAGCCGAGCAAAUGCCUGAAACGAAUAAUUUAAAUCAAGCUUAACAGGGUUAAGAAUCCUAACUGGCCGAAGCAAAUCAGUUGGCUAUUUACAAGCGUGGUAAAGGAUUUUAACUCGAGAGUCCCGUGAAUAUUGCUGAGGUAGCAGUGAGGACAGGAAUUCAAAACUGAGAGCUAUUCAAAAGUGUAAUACGCAAAAGCAAUCACUUUGCUACGUUUUAUGACAGAAAUAGUUAUUUGUGUUUAACGCAACUCGCAGAACGAGCUUAACCUUUGAGUUCUUUUUUGUUGUUGUUCUUUAAUCCGUUGUUAUAAAUCAUUUAAAGUCGAAUGAAUAAAAUAAAGAAGGGAAGAAAUACCGAAAUAAAAUCAGAUGGCUGUACGGGAGAAGGCACUUCCGGCAUUUCCUGCUCUCUUGCGGAAAACAAUGUCAUAGUAAGAAUAGUCAAGCUCAGUGUCCCACGGACUUAUGCUACUGAUCAAAGCGGCGUUAUAAGAGCGCACUUUUAGAGCCCUUACCUGGAACUGUAAUACGUUACACGAAAAAAAAGCAUGUAUGAAGUAACAUACCAUGAAAUUAAGACGUCUCGCAACGUUUUUGUAGAAAGCGUUGCCAGUCUUGUAAAUCGAGUUCUUACCUUUUAUCUAGGGUGUCGCCUCGUGCAACAUAUCUGACAGUGAAUAGGGCUAUGUAACGCUUUCUUUUUUUUUUUUUUUAAUCUUUUGAAAAGGCUAAACCUGUCUUCGCAUCACUACUGGAUUGCAAAUUAAAAUACUGGUCCAGUUUUAUCAUACAAGACUAUAUUUAGGAUUUGAAAUUGCUUCUUGUCGUUUGUUGCAAACGGAUGGCAAGGAUGGACAAUGGACGUUGAUUGAAACAUGAAAAAUUCUGGCCAACGUUUUCAAGUUUUAAUCCUACGCCCGCAAAAAUCACCAAAAAAUUAUCGGUACGUUUCUGGCAAUCUGCCCACCUACCCUUGCCCUAAGCUUACAUGUUGCCUUAAGUGAGAAGUAAGAGUUAAUGUUGGCUUAGGGCAGGGGUAGGUGGGCACGUAUAAUGAUCCAUAAUUAUUAUGGCUACUGCUCCCUGAUUGAAUUUGAAUUUGUAUGAUAUGUUCUUUACAAUUCUACAGGAGUAUUUUGUGUAUUGAUAAAGGAACUAAGUAAAGACUCCGGAACAAAAUUGACCUAAAACAGCAAUCAUAUAUACUAGUUGCAAGAAAACGGCCUAAUUUAGCAGCCGUUCCUUUGAUAAUUGGUAUAACGAGGAUAUAAGAUAAUCCGUAACUUUUUGCUUUCAGGUAAUAGGAGACAAACACGGCGAUGUAACAAGUUUCUUUCUGAUGAGACAUGGCUUUCAAGUUUUGGACGAAAUAGAAAAAGUUAUCAAAGUUCCCCUAUAG